AUGGAGAGUCUGAAUGGAGCUGAGCUCUGCUUUCCACAACUCAACACUUCCUGCAAAAAGCCACCACUGCAUCACGUCGGCAACAUUUUAAUUUACAGUCUGUUGUCCUUAAUUUGUUUCUUCACUGUGACUCUCAACAUACUAGUUGUCUUUUCUAUUUCCUACUUCAGGCAGCUUCACACCACAACCAACUUCUUCCUCCUGUCUCUGGCUGUCUCAGACUUCUUUGUUGGACUUGUGCUGAUGCCGAUCCGAAUUAUCAUGACAGGAGGCUGCUGGAUUUUAGGGAGCUUUAUGUGUGGAUUUUUCAAUUAUUCUGCUUAUAUUAUUACAUCUGCCUCCGUAGGAAACAUGGUGCUCAUUUCAGUUGACAGAUAUGUGGCCAUCUGUGACCCUUUGCAUUAUCCAACCAAACUGACCCAUAAGAGAGUUCAGAUCUGUGUUUGUCUGUGUUGGGCCUGCUCUGUGCUCUAUAAUGGUAUGAUUCUGAAGGACCAUCUGAAACAGCCAGACAAAUAUAAUUCCUGCCAUGGAGAGUGUACAGUUGUGAUUGAUUUCAAAACAGGGGCUUUUGAUUUCAUAUUUACCUUCUUUGGCCCCAUCACAGUGAUCACGGCUCUGUACAUGAGAGUGUUCGUGGUGGCUGUGUCUCAGGCUCGAGCCAUGAGGUCUCAUGUUGCAGCUGUGAGUCAGAAGGGUUCAGCUCCUGUAUCUGCUAAGAGGUCUGAGAGGAAAGCAGCUACAGCUCUUGGAGUUGUUGUCAUUGUGUUUCUAAUGUGUAUUUGUCCUUACUUUUUUCCCACUCUUGCAGGUAAAGACACAUCAUUUAAUUCUCAACUUUCAGUUUUUGGAAGCUGGUUUUUUUAUUCCAACUCUUGUCUGAAUCCAAUGAUCUAUGUUUUCUUUUAUCCGUGGUUUAGAAAAUCUAUUAAACUUAUUUUAACACUUAAAAUACUGCAGUCUGAUUGUUGUGAUGCCAACAUUCUGUAG